CCCUCUAGCGUUCUUCACCUAUAUUUGUUCAGAAACCUAAAUUUAGAAAAUAGAAAAAAGAAAUGUCUUUUCAGAUUUCAGCAAUUCCAUCUUCUUCUCCACGAUUAGGAACAGGCCAUGUAAUCCAACGCCGUUCGGCGGGUUAUCAUCCCAGCAUAUGGGGUGAUUUCUUCGUUAAAUAUGCUUCUCCCUCCACCUCAAUGGAGUUCAAAUUCGUUGGACGAGUGGAGGAACAAAUUGAGGAGCUAAAAGGAGAGAUGAGCAUUUAGAAGAAAUUCACAAACAUUACUUUCGACUUGAUAAUGGAGAUUUCAAGGGAGAUGACCUUCACAUGGUUGCUCUUAUCUUUCGACUGUUGCGACAACAAGGCUAUGAUGUUUCAUCAGGUAUGUCUUAAAUUCAGUGAACCAAUCCAAUAAGAUACCCAUAGAAGUCCUAUUGCUUUGUUUAAUUUUAGGAGAAACAAGUAAAAGAAAUUCUAAACCACUAAUCAAGCAUAUUACCUCCCUAAUUUAUAAACAAUUACACUUUUUCCCAUGUUGGUUGAUCACACAGAGGUCUUUAACGAAUUCAAGGAUAGUGAAGGGAACUUUAGGGCAUCGCUCACCAGUGAUGUGUGCGGAUUACUGAGCCUAUAUGAAGCUUGCCACUUAAGGUGUCAUGGCGAUACUAUCUUGGAAGAAGCACUUCCUUUUGCUAUAACUCACCUUGAAUCAAUCAACGAAAGCAAAGUGAGCACUAGUUUGGCAAAACAAGUGAGUCAUGCCCUAAAGCAGCCACUUCGCAAGGGGUUGCCAAGACUCGAGGCGAGGCAUUAUAUUCCACUCUACCAAGAAGAACCUUCACAUGAUGAAGUCUUGCUCACUUUGGCUAAACUAGAUUUCAACUUACUGCAAGAGCAACACCAGAAGGAACUUGGCAAGAUUACAAGGUGGUGGAAGGACAUAGAUGUUCCGAGGAACUUCCCAUUUGCUAGAGACAGGAUUGUGGAGUUGUUCUUCUGGGUCUCGGGAGUAUAUUUCGAGCUGGAAUUUGUUGAGGCCAGGGAUAUACUAACCAAAGUGAUUGCCUUGACUUCCAUUCUUGAUGAUAUCUAUGAUGUUUAUGGCACAUUGGAAGAACUUGUACUCAUCACCGAAGCAAUCCAGAAGUGGGAUGUUGAUGCUAUGGAUGUACUACCAGAGUAUAUGCAAGUAUACUACAAAGAGCUUCUCCAUCUCUAUGAAGAAAUUGGGAAUGAAGUGGCCGCAAAAGGAAGAUCAUAUCGCCUUGUCUAUGCAAAAGAAACUAUGAAGAGGCAAGCAAGAGCAUUCUUUCAAGAAGCCAAAUGGUUCCAAACCAACUACACACCAACGAUGGAGGAGUACAUGCCCCUUCAACUAAAAACGACUGGUUAUGGAAUGUUGGCGACUACAUCACUCGUAGGAAUGGGCGAUGUGGUCACAAAGCAUGCUUUUGAAUGGUCACUAAGUGACUGCAAGAUUGUGAAGGCUGCAGAAACUAUCUGUAGGCUUAUGGAUGACAUUUCGUCUCACCAUUUUGAGCAAAAAAGGGGGCAUUUAGUAUCUUCGGUGGAGUUGCUCAUGAAAGAACACGGUUUCUCGGAGCAAGAAGCUGAGAAGGAACUUCGGAAACGAGUUAAUGAUGCUUGGAAGGACACCAAUGAAGAGUUUCUUCAUCCAACCGCGGUCCCAAUGCCCAUUCUCACACGAGUUCUCAAUCUCUCACGAGUGAUGGAUGUGUUAUACAGUGAUGGAGAUAACUACACGCAUUCUGGAACCAAGCUCAAAGGUUAUGUGACAUCCCUCUUUGUUAGUCCCUUGCCGAUGUGAUGCUUGGACCAAACAUCAUCGCGGCAAUUUGGUAAUUGAAAAUCAAAAGGCUAGAAAUAAUGCCUUUGAACCUAUAUAGGGAAACUAUCAUCGUUAGUGAGUUCUUUCAGAUUGAUCUGUACGAUAAAACUCAUAAAUAAACGAUGCAAAUCGGUAUGGUGUUGCUAAGUUUGCAAGUCUAGUGUGUAAUGUACAAUAUUUCCAUAAUUUCUAAAGCUUUGGUGUCGGGGUCAGUGAGGCUCCGUUUGUGUACUUCAUGAUGAAAAUAUGAA